AUCUAAGACCUCAACCCCUUGGCAAGGUAUUCUCUUCGCUUUAUCAGUGGGGAACGAUAACAUUCAAGGCCAAACGAUUCAACCGUUGAGUGGCAGGAACGCAUAGAAGUAGCCAUCAACAACUUUACUUUUCACGCUUCUCCCACAGAAUUUUAUGCGUACCAAUGAAUCCAACGCUCAACCUUUAAGGACCAUUUCAGGAAUAAGCUGAUAUCUGUUCAAAGAUCAUCCACGACACAGGACUCAACGACAACAUGCCCCUCACGGUGCUCACAGACGCAGACGUCCGCGAACUACUGCUCUCGUUGGUCAAAGAGGACGCAGUUGAGUUGCAGCAGAACCUCGCAGAAGCGUUACAUUCAUACUCGACCGGCGACACCAAUUCACCAUGCUGCGCAUCAUUUCAACCACAACGGACGGUCAUCAAAAAGAAAGGCGUCACCACGGUAUUCAUGCCGGCUUCAACAGGCACGUCCGUCGGGAUGAAAAUCGUUUCUCUAGAAGAGCCUCAGGGAAGUCACAGCAAGAAAUCAUCAACAUCGUCCUCCAGAUCCCAAAGCGUCACCGGAACACCCGCUGUCAAUUCUCCCGCUUCAGAAAUGGCCACCCUGUCGUUGUCUCCUGCAUCUACUAUGUCGUCCUCUGAUAGUGGUAGCCGGGGCUCGGUUGAUGGAGCCUCGUUCCAACCACCGGCGUCGAUUGCAAGUUCUCAGAGCACCACACCCAAAGGGUCAGUGACACUACUUGACUCGACCGGGAAUCCAAUGGGUAUCGUCAAUGCUGAAGAGCUCACGGCAUUCCGCACAGCUCUGGCGGCCACUAUGUUGUUCCAAAAGCGGCAGCAUGUCCACACUAUAACAGUUUUCGGCGCAGGCAAGCAGGCUUACUGGCAUAUCAGACUAGCUUUGCUUUUCAAAGGCGACGAAAUUCGACAUAUCAACAUUAUUAACAGGUCGUUCGAGAGAUCUAUCAAACUGAUGAAGGCCUUUCAGAUCGAGGAUGCCUCCCAUGGCAAGUGGCGACAAGACAUCAAGUUCUCGUGCAUGAGCCCCGAAUUCGGGGAGUAUGGACGGCUUCUCAAGGAGGAGGUUAGGAAAGCCGAUGUCAUUUUCUGCUGCACUCCGUCAGUUGACCCUCUGUUCCCAGCGGAAUUCUUGACAUCACGGGAAGGUCAGCGGAAAGGCAGAUAUCUCUCCUGUAUCGGUGCAUAUGCACCACACAUGUGUGAAGUCCACCCGGACGUAUUCAAGCUGGCUGUCGAGCCUGACCAUGGUCACCACCACCACAAACAUGCUAAGCAAGGAGGGGUUAUCGUCGUUGACAGCCUGGAAUCAUGUCUAAAAGAGGCUGGCGAGAUUAUCAAAGCGAAACUGGGACCAGAGCACCUCGUGGAAAUAGGGGAGCUACUGAUGAUCAGAAAAUCCGCAUUGAAAGAGAUCGAACUAGGAGGUACCGGUGAGCCUGGCUUACUGGAGUGGCUGACUCGCGGAAACGUGAUAUACAAAAGUGUUGGAAUGGGCCUAAUGGACCUAGUUGUCGCUGGGGAUCUUAUACGCCUUGCCAAAGAGAGAGACAUCGGCAUAACGAUCGAAGAUUUCUGAUUCGAAUAGUCGCUUACAUUUUGGUUGGGGUGCUGGCAGACCAUCCUUUACUGUUGGCCCGAAACGCCGAAUAUACCAGCGCUGCAUGACGGGCACUGAGCGAGGUUUUUCUCUGCGAACCCGAACCCCUUAUGAAUAUGGCUCUGGCGCGAUGGUGAACGAACUCUCCCUGGACACCAGAGAUUGUGUCAUUGUGGGCAGAUUUGUGGGCAGAUCCGAGGCGAAGGUUGCUUUUCCGAAGCCACACAUUGGUCGGGGCCCCUGAGAAAAGGUCCAGAUUGAGUCAAAGAACCAGGGUGCCGUUUACGAGAUCAUGAUAUAACAAGCUUGUUCACACAACAAGGUCGUUUAUGAUGAAAGACAAAGAGUGCAAGCAUGACAUU